AUGGUGGAAGAUUUUAAGACUGCAAAUAAUUCCUUUGCAACAAGGAAAGAGAAGCAGCCUAGAGCUUGGAGGCCUCCACCAGAAGGUUCUUUCCUUAUAAAUGUGGAUGGAGCAAUCCCAGCUGUGAAUGGUCAUUCUGGAAUUGGCAUUGUCAUUUGGGACUGGGAGAGUCAGAUUGUUGCAGCUGUUAGUAUGCCUCUUUCCGGGAAAUUUGCAGUGGAAGAAACAGAAGCAUUGGCUAUGGAAAAGGAUGCUAUCCUAGCUGUGGAGUUGGGCUUGGAGAAUGUCAUUUUGGAAGGGGAUUCUAUGCAAACAGUCCAAGCAGUAAAAGACAAAGAUUGUAAAGGUUUGGCUGGCAACAUCAUUUCUGGUAUAAUCCUUGAAAUGUCCAAUUUUAGGAUGGCAGAAGUUAGGCACAUAAGUAGGAAUGGAAACAAGAUAGCCCAUGAACUGGCUCAACAGGCUAAGAGAGGUGGAGAGUUGAAGAGUUGGACUGGUACAACACCAGAUAUUGUAGCUGAUCUUCUUGGUUUCCACUCUACUACCAUGUGA